ACGGCCCCCCAGUGCAGCCAGCCCGGGGUGGCAGGGGGUGCUUGUCCCCCUCCCCACAGGAAGGACGCUCAUCACGUUAACUGCUGGCUUCUCCUGCAUGGAAACCUUUCUAGGCCAGCUGAAGAGGCAAAAGCCAGGAGAACAGCCGGGCUUUGGUCCUAACCUGCUGCAAUUUCUUCUGGAGUCUGCUGAUCUGUGCAGGUUGGAGCCCCCCAGGCAUGGCAGAGCCGGGGAGGCAGCGCCUGCGGCGAGCCCUCAGCGACCACGGCAGGGACUCGGCCAGCAGAGCGUGGGACGUCUUCUGGAGGAGCACCAGAGAAAAACGCCUCGCAGAAAUUGAAGCCAGAGAAGCCUGCGACUGGCUGAGGGCUGCCGGCUUUCCCCAGUAUGCUCAGUUAUUUGAAGAUAUGCAGUUUCCUAUUGACGUAAAAACUGUGAGGAAAGAUCACGACUUCUUAGAUGCAGAUGCAAUUGAAUCACUGUUCAGACGACUGAACACACUGAACAAGUGUGCAUCAAUGAAAGUGGAAAUAAGCCAUCAAAGGAAACAGAGUGAUGACUCUGAUGAUGACGAACCUUGUGCAAUAAGCAACAAAUGGGCUUAUGAGCGGUGCAGUCAGAAGUGGUCUCGUCUUGACAGCCUGGAAAGUUUCUCAGGACAAGAAGGCGCUGGUGCAUCGGUCCCGGGCAGUCCAAUACUGAAGAGCGUCAGCAGUGAAGACACAAUCCUUUUGGUUCAUAGUGAGAAACACGAUGUGUCCUCAAUCCACAGCACUAGCAGUGGUGACAGUGACGUUGUUAGCUUCCCCAAAGCUUUUGAAGAUGUGGAAACCAGCACGAGUUUCUUCAGUAAAGUUGCUUCACUGGACUCUGCUUUUAGUUGUUCACCUCCCCCUAGUGAAUUUUUGAGUAUCACCAGUGAAGAGAAGCUUUUGGAUAGGGCACCAUUCAAAAAGAGGACGAGCCUUCUAAAGAAAAUGGAGAAGUUGCACUUAAGGAGCUGCAACUUAAGGAGUGGUCAGUCAAAGGCCAAACCCAUAAUAAGCGAGCCUGUUCUUCUGGAAGGAUUUAAUGAAGAAAAAAUGAAGAUGCUUAACUGUGUAAAUAUUGCUGACCUCUCUGGCAUCCAAACAAAGAACAAUUCCUCCUGUUCUCCUGAGAGCUGCAGUAGCAGCGAUCAUUCUGAAAUCAGCAGCACAGUGAGCACUCCGGGUCCUCUUAUAAAACCACAAAGACACUGUGAAAGAAAGGGGAUGUAUGCAGAGGACUUGGAGUCUGGCAAACUCUUCCUGUGGAACAAUGUAACUCAGCAAAACCUCAAAAACGAAGUCAAGUUACAGAUGAACCAGAUGUUUCACGUACCACCAGGCCAUAAGCCUGGUACUUUCCCUACAGCACUUACAACCAGUUCCCUGUCUUCAGUGGACAACUCUUCUGUCAACUGGAGAACUGGGAGUUUUCAUGGGUGCAGAAGGAGCCGGAGCAGAAGCAGUUCCAAGGACUCCCAAGCCCCCAGCAGCCCCCUUUCCUGCACAGACAACAGGCUGAGUGUGUACGACAACCUGCCCGAUUUUCAGUUUGACAAGUUGGAGGCAACAGAUGUUGGUGAUGAUGAUGUUUUUUCAGAACUGAACACUGUUAUAGAAGAUGUCAAUGGUCUCAAAAAGCUGGUCGAUCAGUGGACACAGAAGUUCUCAGAUGAUGGGGAUUUGGACUUUGCCAGUGACUUGACCUCUCCGUGUCCAUCCUCGCCUAAAGAAAUCCGUCUUGACACAGAGCACUCGGAAGAUAAGACAGCAGAUGUCCCAACCACUGAGGGAGAGAGCAGCUGUGAACUGGACAAGGAGCUCAGUUCUACAGAGCUGCCGUACAUAACAGACCCUAAAAAGACCAACAGGCACAGGAAGCAACACUGGUCUGUGGAAGAAAGUGAGAACCUGGACAGCCUCUCCAUCCAGGGUGACAGCCAGGCAGCUGCGCAGCUAGCCCGGACACAAAAGCUGGCUUUGUUGAAACUCACUGCUCUAAUGGACAGAUACUCCCCGUCCAGUAAGCAGGGCUGGAACUGGACUAUACCAAAGUUCAUUAAAAAAAUAAAAGCCUCCGACUACAAGGGCAAAAAUGUGUUUGGGGUCCCCUUGCUUCUGAAUGUUCAGCGAACAAGCCACCCACUGCCCAACGGCAUCCUGCAAGCACUGGACUAUUUAAGAAACCACUUUCUUGACCAGGUUGGCCUGUUCCGAAAAUCUGGUGUUAAAUCCAGGAUCUUGUCUUUAAGAGAAAUGAAUGAAGCCAGCCCAAACAACGUAUGUUACGAAGGGCAGUCAGCAUUUGACGUGGCAGAUAUGGUGAAGCAGUAUUUCCGAGACCUUCCCGAGCCUAUAUUUACUAGCAGGCUUUGUGAAUCCUUCCUCCACAUCUACCAAUACGUGCCGAAGGAGCAGCAGCUUCAGGCUGUCCAGGCUGCCAUUCUCCUUCUCCCAAAGGAAAACCGAGACGCUCUGAAAAUCCUCCUGUUCUUUCUUCGAGAUGUGGUUGCUUUUGUUGAAGAAAACCAGAUGACCCCAACCAACAUCGCUGUCUGUCUCGCGCCGUCCUUGUUUCACCUCAACACCCUGAGGCGGGAUAGCUCCUCCUCCACUCGAUUGAGCCAGAGGAAGUACAGCCUGGGGAAGCCGGAUCAGAGGGAGCUGAGCGAAAACCUGGCAGCAACGCAGGGCUUGGCCCACAUGAUCAUGGAGUGCAAUCGGCUCUUCCAGGUACCUGCCUGCUGCCUCCAUCAGCUCACUGAGGACGUCCAUGAAAUGAGCAGCACCAGGGCCUUGCACUGCUGGCCUGGGUGAAACUGCUCGGCUCCUGUGAGAGCUCCGUGCUUAGCUGAGGGAUGCCAGAGCUAACGUCAAAAGCUGGGGGACCUGCUCACACGUGGACUUGGCAAAUAAGGGAACAGCUACAUCCUCUGCACGGGCUUAAUGCCCAGGAUGUCAAAGCCCUUGGCCAUGAUCAUGGCAGUGGCCUCGCACAGCAGCAGCCUCCACAUGUUCACCUUCACGAUCUGGCCUGCAAAAACAUCAAGGUAGGAGAUGGAGCAGCUGCUCAGAACCAACACUGCCCUUCCUCUGGGGACCCAUCCGCCCACCACCUGCCCUGGGGCUGGGCACGGCGAGCUCCCUCCCCUCCUCCCCGAGCCAGGCUGACUGACCAGCCACCGAGUUUCAGCCGCCUGGCUGCUCACAGCUCCUGCUCAACCUUUCUGCUCAUGGACAGAAGAUGGCACAGCUGUGCCAGCCGCCUUCCAUCCUGGCAGCACUUGCUCUGCAGCAGCUGGUAAUGCAACACCAGCCCUCCCGGGACCAGGAAACACCCUGUGCAUUGCCUGUGCUCUGGCUUGUGCCAAGGCACGUGCAGCCCCACAGGCCAACACUCACCACUCUGCCUGUCCUUCUCAACGCAGUAGCAGUUGUCGUAGAACUCAGUGAAGGUGGUGGCCAGCUCAUACAGGUAGUCACAGAGCGUGUGCAGCAACAGAUCCUCCAGGAUUUUCUGCAGGAUCUCGGGGAACCUCAGGAUGCACUUGCCCAGCUUCCACUCCUUCUCGUGGUCCAGGAUGAGCACCUCCUCCCUGGCUGCCUUCCGCAGCAUCUCCUCGUCGAUGUUGGCCAGGCGAGCGAUAGCCCUGCAGUGUGCCAAAACUGUGUGUAAGGUCCCACCACCAACCCAGCCCCAGGCCUCGCAGCGAGCCCUCGGGGCACUGCAGGGGACUCGGCAGGGCCGUGCUCUGUGUAGGGGUGGGCACGACUGCCCGUGCUGCCAAGCCAAGCAGGGCUCAGGGUGCCAGAAAAGCUCUGUGGAGUAUGGCAACGGUGAGCAGCUGCUGGAACACAGACUCACCCCUCUCUGGCCACCCAAAUCCUCAAAAGGAAUUACCUAGAACCUCACAGCUCCCUCCCUGCUAGCUAAAGGGCCCGGGAUGCCUUUAGUGCAUGGCACACAGCAGGGCCCUGUGUCAGGUAACACAGGACACGGUCGCCAAAGACAAAUACAAACUUGUCUACAGAGCUCGCUUCUCAUACCAACUAACCCUACCAGCACUGAUGCAGCUAUGUCACUACUUCCCCCACAUCUCCUUUGCACAAAGGAGAGCAUCAGAGGCUAGCUCCGAGUGACUCCCAGCGUGCUCAACCCACCUGAUCCGCGUGAAGGCAUACAGCAAGUAAGCAGCUGUAUUUCCUCGGUCAUCCAGCAUCUUGUCGAAGGAGAACACGUAGUCAUUUAGUCUGUUGUGGGAGAGAUCUGCGUAUUUGAUACAUCCAAACGCGACUGACGUCUGGGCAGCUCUCAGCUCUUCUGCCGUGAGGACCUGUUACGAUUUCAGAACAGGUGACAGUCAGGAGGAGGAACGCCCUCAGGAGCCACAGCACGCAGCCUUGGGCACAGCGCGGCUCAGGAGCAGAGCGCAGGCAGCUGAGAGGAGCUCACCCACAGGCUUGUCCAUGGCUCGUUUCAGCCCUUCUUCCAGCAGAUCUAUGAGGCGCACUGUGUCCCCUGAACGAGUUUUGAACUUCUUCCUGAAAACACACAGCCAAAAUGACCACCUGUGUAAGAGGCAAAACACUCCCACCCUCUGCCUAGCGUGUGCCCAGACAGAUCCAGGACAUGCACCUGAACUGCUCGCAGGAAUUUCCCCUGCUUGAACCCUUGGCUGAUAAAGAAGCACAUGCCCUCAAAUUGCUCUGUAUUGAAGAAAUUGACACCAGGCAGCUACACCUAGCAGGAAGUACAGGAACCUGCCAGAACACAGGUGGGGACCUGGGAGGGGCAGAAAGGCUCCGCCACUCAGAGCUGUCCCAGGAAGGACACAACUCCAGCACAUGACUCCAGCCCAGCAAGGCACCUUUACUUUUGUAACAAACCUACAGCAAAACCUCUCGCUCUGCAGUGCUACAAGGCUGUAGGAGCACACUGGUUGUGUCACUUCACACAAACACCUCCGGAGCACAAGGGAGCCUGCAGACCAGACCCCAGAGGUUCUUUUCCCAACUUUCAUUCCAUCUACCACAGGGCAGGCAGGGAACAAGGGAAGUACAGCCUUUACCAUGGCCGCUCAAUAUUCACACCACCUUCCUCAGCACUGCCACCAGCUGGUCCCCAGGCUGAUUCCUGGUCCUCUCCCCAAACAGCAGGCAGCAGAGGCCAGGCCCCAGAAGGAAACAGACUGCAGCACCAAAACCAUGUGCCUCAGAGGGCCCUGACAUGUAGUACAGCCACGCAGGUACAAGUAACUGCGCAGCACGUGAUGUGUUUUGCUUGGCAUGCCGCGUGCCUACUUGGUGAGGAAUGGGCAAGUCACUCAAGCAGCCAGAGCACACACAGAGGAAAAACUACCUCCAGAGACUUACUUGUCUUCUCCCAGCACCACUCCGAAUGCAGCGUGGGUCACUCUGGUCACUUUGGGAUCGUACCAGCCGAUCAUCUGUCCAGCAGCAAACACUGUCUGCAAAUGCACCGACUGCAAGGAACAAACACCAACAGCCAGGUCUCAACCCACACUUCCAGGUAGGGUUUUCCUUACAGCUUCAUCGCCUUCACAAUGAGACUGUAAAUGUUUCUAGCUCCACAGAAGAGCUCCACCUCAGAAAGUUUAACCUUUCAGAGGGUUUGCCUGGCUUACAGAAGCAGCAACCAGCAAAUUCACAUCACUGCUCAGACACGCUGCUGACAACCUUGUGUUUCCUCAGAUAAGAAGAGGCCAAUGUGUAAGCAGCACAAAUCUCAUUUCAGACUAUUCUACUGAGAUUUAGGUUUAACCAACCUCCAGUGGUGACUGGGUAUCCAUAAUCAUUUGGGAUCUCCAGGGCUCUCCACGGAGAUCACCAGUCACCAAAUUAGAUCCACCAUUACACUGAUGAGGACAAAAGGCAAUAUACCACGCCUGCAGCGUUUUACCUACAACACUGCUGUAUCUGUCAUUUAAAUACUUUCUGAUCUGUAGCAGCAGUGACAGAAGGGGCUGACGUACUCACCUGGCCACUGUCCACAACAUAAAUGAGGAUAUCAGCCUUCUCUUCACGCAGCCUGUGUCUAAGGGCGGCUAAGUCAGAUGUGUCAUAUGUGUAACCUCCAUCUGAUUUCAUGAUUGUCAGCGGGACGGGGAAACCUGGCACAAAGACAAUCUUCCGCCCGUCAUCCACCUGGACAAAUCCUAGGAAAGCAACGGAACACAUCGUGUGUCACAUCACGGGGGGAGGCUCGGGGGGCAGGACAGGGACACGUCCCAUUCCAGAUGCUACCAGACAGAAAGCACCAUGCACUCACAUUAAAAAGUGAUGUCUAAAAUAAAAAUAAAAAGAGAAUUCCCUCA